AUGACAUUCGGCACAGCCCGCGGCCGGGAGGCCCUCUCUGUUAGCAUUGCAUUUACCACCUUAGCCACUGUUUUCACGUUUAUCCGGAUUUAUACACGAACAUUCCUUGUGAAGCAGAUGGGCGCCGACGAUUGGACUAUUAUUGUGGCUCUGGCCUUCAGUUGGGCUUUUUUCGGUCUGUUUAUUGGAGAGGUCAAGUAUCUAAUGGGAGAGCACUAUGGGAAGAUCCCGCCAGACAUUCUUGUCAAACAAAUGAAGUGUUUCUGGGCAACGAUACCCUUGUAUCAAGCGAGCCUGCUUACUACCAAAGCCUCGAUUCUGCUACAAUACAAACGAGUUUUCUCGACACCGCGCAUGCGUUUCGCCUGUUGGUGCUUGAUUGGGUUUUUGGCCUCCUACGGAUCAUGGACAUUCAUCAGUGCCUGGGUCACCUGCGUACCCGUGUCCAAGUUUUGGUAUCCUGACAAGCCUGGGUAUUGUCUUAACGAGAAAGCCCUUUGGUUCUCCAACUCGGCAAUCCACAUUUUCACGGAUAUCCUGAUCUUGGUAUUCCCCAUGCCAGUGCUCAAGAACCUGCAACUCCCCAAACGACAAAGAUACGCCCUUAUGACCGUCUUCGCUCUGGGCUCAUUUGUCUUGAUAACCAGCAUUCUCCGACUGAAGAGUCUCAUGGUCAUUUCCGACUCGUCCGACCCAACUUAUGAUAACCCAGGCGCCGCCAUGUGGUCCGCCAUCGAAUGCAACGUCGCCAUCAUCUGCGCCUGCCUCCCCGGCAUCCGCGCCUUCAUCUCCAAGCUCCUCCCCCGCUUCCUCUCCAGCUACAAGACCAGGAGCAACACCCGCACCAGGACCCAACGCAGCCGCGUCACCCAGUUCUCCAACUUCCAUGCUUCUGUCGCCGGCCGCCAGCCUAAUUUCCACUUGCAGUCGGUCAGCCACGGCCCGGAGGGCGGCGGCGACGACAAGGCAAGCGGUUUCGAGGAAGGCACUUCGAACAAGAUCAAAGUGACCACCAUCGUGUCACAGGAAUCCAUAUCGAAUGAUGCCUCGAGUGUGCGGCAGCUAUUAUAA